AUGUUAAACAAUGUGAGGAGGUGGCUCUAUGACAAAAGAAGCUCAACAACAAGAUCAACAACAGCUGUUCAACACGCAGGAUCGGUGAAUGAUAGCAAUGAUGCUUCUCCAGCCCAGAGUACAACACCCACAUUGGAUCAAGGACAACAGCAAUCAUUGAAUUUUUCCGAGCCUCAUCAUGUAAAUAAUUUACAUAAUACAUCCACUUAUUAUGAAUAUACUGUUCAAUCACAGGAAGGUCUACCCUCAAUGGCUCAGCAUCAUCACCUGGAUGAUGUGUCUGUUCAAUCUGAUUCCGAGCAACAUUCUUCAUCAAACAAUCCUUUACCGACACAUGGUAGUGGCAACAACAAUACUUUCUCGCCACCGUUAGAACGAGCAGUACUGAAUUUAACAAGAGGAGGUGGAGUUGGAAUUUUAGACGUGAGAGCAAAACCUCCUGGAUCUUCUUUUGGAGAUGAUUAUCAUGAUGAUCAUCAAUAUAUCACAUCACUCGAAAGUAACAAUAAUUUAUUGCAACAACCAUUUACAAGUCAUUCUCCAAAGAGUGACGAAGAAAUUUCUGUUGCUCUUUAUUCGAGCUCAUUACGAAAAACCAUUGACAAUGAAUAUUAUUCGUCUCCACAAAGAGACAAAGUGAGCGUUCCUCCUCUAGCAAGACCUAUCGAUUCUCCAACAUUGCCAAGCAAGUUGAAUGAUUCCUUUAAUAGUGCUAUUUCUUCAUCUACUACUGUUAAAUCAUCGAGCAAUACCACCUACAGCCCACAACGAAAGAGAACCGGCAGUAAUGUUUCCAAUAACUCUUCGAGCAUUACUCACACAUUGAGGAUUUCUCAGCAAUUAGGACCUUUUACUGUUUAUUCACUUCCCAAAAAUCAAACAGGACUUUCUUUAAGUAAUGCUGCUUCACAUCAUCGAAAUAAUAGGCAUCUACAUCACGGAGAAUAUAGUUACUGUGAAGAGUGCCCGAAUUGCAACAUUGCAAAAUAUAAUGCCAAUCCUUUUUCUGAGAUUUCUAUCAUUACUGAUACAUUGGCAGUAACUGCUUUGGAUGACAAGAGCAGUACAAAUAACAACAUUACAAAACUCAUACUUAUGUAUGACAGGAAUGUAAAUUUAGAUACCAGCUACUCCUGCUGUUUACCAUACUAUGUAAAUUUCUGGAAUUACGAACAGUAUUGUGACCAUCAUUUCACGGAAAAACCUUUGAAAAAGAAGCCACCUCAUCAUUAUUUCUUUCUUAAUGAGGAAUAUAUGUUUUAUAGAUGCCGUUCAACAAAAUAUCAUUCAAGUGUGGUUUACCCCAUAAGCUCUCCUGCUGCUGCAUGUUUACAGGAUGGACGAAUUUUCAUUUGGGAUUUAACAAAUUCCAGAAAAAUAGCUUGCCUACAACAUCACAAAUUAACCAUUAAUUGUAUUGUACCAAUUUUCUCACAAGGGACCGCUCUAAAUCACCCUCAAAUAGACGACACCAAUUUGUAUCUCCAAUAUACUCCGUUUGCACAAUAUAUUUUAACAGGAUCUGAGGACAAAUCCAUAAAAUUAUGGGAUAUAUCCUCGAUUUGGAGUUUUGGAGGAUCACAACCCUUAGUACUUUCUCCUGUUCGCUCCAUGCUUGCUCAUGAAACAAGUGUGACGAAUAUUGAGCUUUUUUCUGAUGGAACUCCAAGAUUUUGCUCUUGCUCAAUUGAUGGAAAGUUAUUCAUUUGGAAUUGGUUUACUGGUGAAUUGUUGCAAAAUAUUCAAAGACCAGAUAGUGGGCCUAUUUUCAAAUUACUUACUAUUUCUCUCCCCUAUGAUGGAGAAUUGGAACCAAACGAAUACUCAAAAACGUCCAUUGUCACUACCACUCAAACAGCAUCAGACAUACUCGUGUACAAUCAUACUAGAUAUGGUGGUAUUGAGGACCUCAAUGAUAAUGAUACCAAAAUCAUUUCAACCUCUUUGGAAACGGUUUUGAGCUCAUACUCGUUAAGAACUAGUUCUAUUGCUUCCAGUAACACAGUUGAUGCUAUCCCUCAACAAGAUACAGAAACGCGUUCACCUCAUAGCAUCUAUAUACUUUCGACUCUUAAAUUAUUUAAUGUUUUUACAAGUAGCCCUGCUACCACAGAGCCAAGCCCUUCCUUAGGUUCGACCGAGAAAAAUCCUCCAUCACCCUCUAUGGGAAAAGCUAGCUCUUCUGAAUUUGACAUUAUUGUAAGCACUAUCAAUAAUGUUGGCCAAAUAGAUCUUUGGAAAUCAUAUAUGGACCAAAACGGAGAAAUACGAUUUAACAAAAUUACAACACUUACCAGAGCUCAUGAUUUGUAUGGGCAAACCAAAAAAGCAUAUCAGAAAUGCUCACAGCUGUCUGUAAAUAAUCACUUCUUGGUAGUUUCCUUGGAUAGCAAUUUGUUUAUAUUCGACAUUAGUGAAGUCAUGCUAUCUUUCACCGAUGAACACCUUUCAUCAACACAACAGAAAGACUGUAAACUUGUGUUGGAACAAAUUGAUGCUCACUCGUGCAAUAUCACGUCAAUGAUUUCACUACAUUUUGGUAAGGUGAUUGUGACUGGUGCUGAGGAUGGUAGCAUUGCAUUAUGGGAUACCACGAAAUAUCUCAAUAACAAUAUUGUCUCAUCUACCGCCAGUAAUGUAUCCACAUCAGAAACUUCUGCUUCCAACAGCAUUAUUGAAAGUAUAUUUAUUGGUCCAAAAGCUCAAUCUCAUGUUUUUCAUCAUGUUGCCAAAAUUCAAAUUCAUACACAAGAAAUUGUAUCGUUGCUAGCUCUAAAUGAAAAUGCGUUUGUAAGCGUUGCAAAAGAUGAACCAUUCAUAGUAUUGUGGAAAGACUCGAAAAUGGAGAAGAGACUUCGAACUUACAUGGCAUUCCAUUAUGACAUUGAAUCAUCAAACAUGCCUCCUCAUCCUAAUUAUCACACUCCCAACAUGCUUUCCCUCAUGGUCAAUGAUAGUGGAUUUACCCCUUUCACUUUACAACAUGUAACACCGUCAUUAUGGAAAAUGCCUAUCCAAAGACCUCGUGGCAAUAGCUUUAGAAGAGUACAAUCAGCUAUUGGUUUAUCAAGAGAACGAACCAGAAGUAAUGCAUCUGGAAGUUCAAACCCAGAAGAAAUUCAACCUACCAAUACUACUUUACACUCUGUCGUUGCUGAACAUGCAACACCACGUGACGAAAUCAUUUCAAUUAACACGAAAGUGGAACAUAGCACAGUUAAGGCAUACACCUUGGGAGAUGAACGUACAGAUCAAUUUCAAAUUUCUAAUGAAAAUCAAAAGGACGAUGUUCAAAACGAACUCUUUGACACCUUGAGUGAAGCUGUUUCCUCACCCACAGGGACAGUUGUAUCCUUUUCGCCACAUUCCAGAACUGGCACCACUAGUUCAGAUGGUUCUAAUUAUGGCGAUACUUCGAUCCUAAUUAGUGAUGAUCAAAAGACAAAGGAUGUCGAAACCAAUGUGUGA